GUCAAAGUUCAAGUGUGUGUUCAAUUCUUCAAGGUCGGGGAGAUUGACACACUCAAAGAACAGUACACAGCAGAUGUGAUUGUCAGGGCAAGAUGGCGGGAGCCCUCGUUGGAUGGCAAACUCAACGAGUGCGGUGACAACGUAGACAUUAAAAAGUACUGGAACCCUAAACUGUAUAUAGAGAAUAGCUAUGGAGAUCCCAAAGAGAUGUUCAGAUAUCGGGUUGUGUUUAAUGACAAAGGGGAGGCUUUCAUGUCCGAAAAACGGACAGUCAAAGGCACUUUCAUGGAGAACUUGGAGCUCGAUGACUUUCCAUUUGAUGUUCAG